GGGUGUCUCAGGGAUCAGUCUAGCGCUCCCUGUAUGGUGCAAACAGAAUGCGUAGGUGACAGCUGCCGCGCACUCCCAAUAAUCUGCUUUGAGGAGUUCGUCUCUGACCCGUGCGAGGUCAACAUCAGGUGUGCUUCAGGCUGCUGCUGGCUUCAUCGGAGCACUGAAGGAGGAUGCUCACUCUCUCUGCCGCAGAGAGGCACGGUCGCCUCUGGAAGCGCCACGGUCGCCCCGUAACUCUAUGGCUACCUCAUUAGGGGUACUCUGGAAAACAGGUGUCAGGGAAGUGACGUCACGAGCCUCGGAAACCGGAGGUGUGAGCUUUGGAGAGCAAGAUGGCAGCGAAAUCCGACGGUCGGGGGGUCGUCACCGGUUUCGCCCAGCUGCACAACCUGGACGAGACGUUGGGCGGCUGCGACGACGACCCCGGGCAGGGCAGCUCCUUCCACAUAUGCCACUGCUGCAACACCUCGUCGUGCUACUGGGGCUGUCGGAGCGCCUGUCUGCGUUACCUCCUGGGGAAGGGGAGAGACGUCAGACGGCCACCUCAAGAGGAGCGCCUCUGGUUGGACUGCCUGUGGAUCAUCCUCGCGCUGCUUGUCUUCUUUUGGGACGUUGGCACUGAUUUGUGGCUCGCCGUCGAUUACUAUACCAAGCAGGACUACCUCUGGUUCGGACUCACACUGUUCUUCGUGCUGGUCCCGUCUGUCCUGGUUCAGAUCCUGAGCUUCAGGUGGUUCGUGCAGGAUUACACGGGAGGCGGUUUGGGCACCGUGGAGGGUCUCAGCAGCCGGAGAGCCACGACGAGUCCGACCUCAAGGGUCGGCGGCAGGGCCAAAUGCUGUCGCGCAUCAGUGUGGAUCUGGCAGGCGAUCAUACACAUUCUUCAGAUGGGACAAGUAUGGAGGUACAUCAGAACCAUGUACCUCGGCAUCCAGAGUCGCAGACAGAAGGAGAAUCAUCGACGCUUCUACUGGGCCAUGAUGUACGAGUAUGCCGAUGUCAACAUACUCCGUCUACUGGAGACGUUUCUGGAGAGCGCUCCACAGCUGGUGCUCCAGCUCUGUAUCAUGAUCCAGAAGAACCGGGCCGAAACGCUGCAGUGCGUGUCAGCCGUUGCAUCUCUCCUCUCUCUUUCUUGGGUUCUGGCCUCUUACCACAAGCUUCUUCGUGAUUCCCGCGAUGACCAAAAGAGCAUGAGCUACCGGGGAGCGCUGGUGCAUCUCAUGUGGCGUUUCUUCACCAUUUCCUCGCGGGCUCUCUCUUUCGCCCUCUUCGCCUCAGUUUUCCACCUCUACUUUGGCAUUUUCGUGGUGCUGCACUGGUGUGCCAUGGCCUUCUGGGUAAUCCACGGAGGCACCGACUUCUGUAUGUCCAAAUGGGAGGAGGUGCUAUUCAACAUGGUGGUAGGAGUGGUCUACGUCUUCUGCUGGUUUAACGUCAAGGAGGGAAGGACCCGAUACCGCAUGGUGGUUUAUUAUUCGUUGGUGCUGGUGGAAAAUACCAUCCUGACUGCUCUGUGGUACGCCUACAGAGACCCAGUUGCGACAGACUCCUACGCCGCAUCAGCUCUCUGUGGCGUCUUCCUGUGCUUCAUGUCCGGAGUGGCCUGCAUGGUCCUUUACUAUGGGGUUCUGCAUCCUAUGGGGCCCAGGCUAAGGGUGCUUGCCAGUUCCUGCUGUGCUGAGUUGCUAUGGGGCCUACCGUUACCACCCGAGGCUGAGCCUAUGGCCCCCACACCGGGGCCUCGGGGCUCACAAGCCACCCCGACCAGGGGCAUGGCCCCAGGUUACUAUGGAGAGCCAGAGGAAGCUGCAACGGAUACUUGCCUGCCAGUGUUCCAGGUGAGAUCCACAGAGCCCACGGAUGCAGCGGGCAGGCCCAUUCCCCCCGAGGGGCCCCUUAUCAAGAUUGACAUGCCCAGGAAGCGAUAUCCAGCCUGGGAUGCUCACUUUGUGGACCGGCGCUUGCGGAGGACCAUAAACAUCCUUCAGUACAUCAGCCCCAACGCGGUGGGCAUCAGGUACAGGGACGGACCCCUCCUCUACGAGCUGCUCCAAUAUGAGUCCUCCCUAUGAAGGCAUUCCAAGCCUCCCCUUUUCAUGCCCUCUCUGGUUCUCCACUUCCCUUGGUGCUUUAUCCUUCAAAAUGUUUAUUAAGUUGCACCCUCAAGUAAUGAGAGCGCAUCUAAGAUCUACAAAGAGUCUAAACAGAGAAUAUUCUACAUAUAUUUUGACUAACACAGUAUAGAGAUGGAGGACAUGUAAUGAGAAAAACAACAUUCCCUAGUCGGGGGUAAAUAUGAUGUGAGUGUUCUGUGUAUGUAUAAUGGUGUUUAUGGCCCUGUCACCUUUGACAUGUGCAAUGCAUGUUGGGAAUGAUGGAGGAACAUAGUCUUUGACAUUCUCAUUCUGAUUUCAUUUGGACCAUUUUGUGCCUACUUCUGUUCAAACAGUUGUGAUACAACUGAUGUACUAAAUGAUGGCAAAAUAAUCAUCAUCGACUAGACACUAAAAAGCACAUUUGAUCGAUAAAAAGCACACAGUGGCCCACUCAUUUCCUCCUAAAGAGACAGGAGAAUUGUUUCUUAAACUGAGAAAAUAUACAAUCACUUAUUUACAGUGCUGGAAAUGACAGAGAUUUACAAGGGGCUGUAGUCGGCGACAUAUUUUUUUAUAUUUUUACAUCAUAGAUGCAGAAAAUGCCACUUUAUGUAUGUAUUAAAUGUGAAUAGCGUUUGCGAGGCCAUUUCAUGGAUGAAAACUGGAAAUCCUCUCCUUGAAGUGGAACUCCGCCCCCCUCCAAAAUUCCCUCUCUAAACUCCGUCUCCCACACCCCCCCCCAACACACACACACACACUUUCUCAGCCCUGCUUAUUUAUCUGAAAUUACAUUAAAAUGUCAUUUAUAAAUUCAUAAAACCAAAAGUUAAAAAGCAAUGAUGUCAUGUUAUAUCUGGUGUCAAAGUUUGGUGUUUACCUACCAUAUAACACUGCCACUGGCAUUUUGAACAUCACAAGGGCCUUAACAUUUGUACAUGUCUUAGUUUGAUGUAGUCUUCUUCUAACUGAAAGCCACUAGUGAUGUAAUAUUUUCCACUCUGAGCUGUAUAUAAGUAUAUAGGUUAUAUAUGCGCAUUCUGUAUGACCCACUGUUAUAUUUUUAGCCCAUUUGUACUUGUAGUAAAGAGAGUGCACUCGAUUGCAAAAUGGAUUGCAAAAAUGGGACAUAUUUUUGUAUAGGUUUAAAAGCAGUCCUUCUAUACAUGAAUUCACACAAACACAAAUAUUAAUAAUAAAGAGUAUGUUUGUGGUGCUCAACUCUAACCUUUAGUAAUCCUCCAUCAUUCCCUUUACAAAUGAAAAUUGCAUUUCAAUGUCCAUAUAAACUGUUCUUCAGAAAAAGGAAAACUUGACAUAUGUAAAUGUUAAUGUCAUUCGCCAGUUCCUUGAUGUACUAUAUGACUUAUUUACCUAUUUAUAUUUUUGUUUAUUGUCAAAGUAAUACUUUUGCAAUAUUUUUUUGAAGAUUUCUCUUUAGGGAAAGGUGUUUAUUCUCUUAAAAAUUUGAAAAAAAUUAUGUAUAAAUGGACACCAUAGAAUGCAUGGCAAGGUUGCACAUAUUGAGUACUGACUGGGUUGCCAUGUUCCAAACACAAAUAACAACUUCCUCAUUUCUGAUCGAACGGAUCAGUUUUAUACGGUUUGUCAACAUGCUAUACAAGGUGCACUUAUAAAGAGCAUGUCUGUUUAAAGGCUGCCCUGAGGGUUACCUCUUAAAAAGCCACUUGAGUUUGUUUACCUCUAAACUUGAGGUAAUUUCCCCCCAGUUCCAUAUUGAAUGAACUUCUCAGUGAGGGUCGAGGACUCUUUGUUGUUGUUUGUUUGAACCGCUCAAAAUUCCAUUAUUUAUUAUUCAGUUUAUCUCAGCAGCAUUAUUAUUGCAAACUUACAUGGGAUGCCAAGUUUCACUGCAUGGGCUGCUACAGACCCCUUUGUGGCUGCUGGAAUUUUAAAAGCAGACUUCAGAUUGGUUGUAGUGGAUGAGGUGGAGGGUUUGUUUUUUUGCCAGCGAUGGAAAAGAAUUUUCAGAGGUCUUAACCUCUGAAAUUUCAACUCCAUCCUUGGUUGCUGCUCUGAGCCCUCCACCACUCUCAUGUGUGUGUCAUCUGGGAUAUUCUGAUGCAAAGACUACGACUUAAGAUAACAACUUGGAUUUAUAACCAUGGCUGGAGGGAACUGGGGACAGGCAGGCAGCUUCUUCUUGUUCCAAUAUAACAAAUUACAAACAGAUUCCAUAUCACUUGCAAUAUCAGGUUUAUACUGUACUACUUGUUUCAUCCAAGUUAACCUGCCUUGCCCUCUUCCCGUUCCCUUAGUGUUCUGUAUAAGAUAUUCCACUCCUGUAGGUGCUUGGCACAUUGAUGCACUGUUGUUUGCUGGAAUAUCACCAAUCUGUUAUGAUGUGUAAUUGUGCGUGUACAUUUUAUUUCUAUGGUUGGGUGACAUGGCUGCCUGGCAUCCCAUGAUCAGUUUAAAGUCCAAUUACAGAAUUAGUUACUAAUAACACUCUUGAAAUGGUAAUAAUUUAAACUACACUGUGAUAUUUUAUUUUAUUAUUCAUCAUCAGUAGUAGUGAUCAACGUUGCAACAUUGUGAGUAGACUUUGGGUGAGGGAUUAGAAAAUCCCAUAUAAUACACAUUGAAAUAUGAAUUGGUUAGUUUAAGAAUACUGCCUUAUUAACCAAACAAGUUACAUUUCUGUAUAGCAAGAUCAGUCGAUAAUAAAGUCAAGCUACUCUUUAUUCAGGGUGGGCCGGGUAAGUGGGACCAGUCCAUAUUGAUCCUUUGUGGUGCCUUGUCCUAUUGGGUGCUUAUGUGUAGCCAUGGCAGCCGGUGCAGCAAACAACAAUGCUAAUGUCUAUCUUUUAUUCACAUUUCGCUCAGUACUGUAAACAGCCAGUCAAUUUUGUCCCAUACUGUAUCUGCACAGGAAAUGCGUUCGGCAGAGCUCACGUUUCUGCCUCCGGGUGUAUUUUUUUUGUGAAACCGAACAGGCAAUACUUAGCAUCUACUCGAAUGUUGGGUUCCACGCCUUUCCUGUUAAAGAAACAUAAAGAUCAGUCACAACAUAUUGUGUGCGAUCCAAAUGGAAUAAGGCAGAUGGUUGAUUUAAAUCCGUUUGUUUAGGUGAUAAAAGACAGUUUUGGUCAAGUUAGCAAUUUAUUUGAUGAUUGUUAAUGUACUUCUGUCUAUGCCUUCCUCUGUCUUGCGAAAUGAAUGAGCUGUAGUGCCAACAAGUUAAUCUUUUCUCUCUGUCGUUUGUCUUGUGAACAAAAAUGUCUAGCCAAAUGGAUUUUUGCCUGCAAAAAUGGGGGGGGAAAGAAAAAAAAUGUGUGUAGACCAAUAAGAAUAGAAGAAAUGUAGACAUGGUGCUUACUGGGUAAAAUAUUUUAACCUACAUCUGAGAUGGGACUGGACACAUUGGAGUAUAUCAAUCUUUUUGAAGGCCUAUAGUGCUGAACCAUCUUCAGACUGCUUAUCCAUAUUUUUUGGAUUCUUAGCAUGCCCACAAAAUGCAUCCUAUAGUGAUCCCCUACAACACACUUGCAUGUUUUCUUCAAUGCAACGCUCCACCCGUCGUUUCAGGGUACUCACUCAUUGUAUCCAGUUAGGUUUUGACCUGUGCAGUGGUUCCACAAUCAUCGUUAUCGACAUAUAGCCAAAUGUUCUGAUGAGAAAACAAAAGGGUGCAUUUUUGUUUCUUGACCUGGUGCUUUUCAACAUGUUCUAAAGGUGCUACCACAGAAUGUGGACUGCAGGACUCAUGUUGUGGCCUCCUAAGCAAAGCCACCGUCAGAUGGACCUGCCUUCUCAAGCUCACGGACACUUUCCUCUCUGGAAGAACAAGCACCUCAACACAGUUUACAGCCAAACAUCGCUUUCUGAAAUAUGGUGCCAUUUAUAAGUUGCACUAAGAAGCACUUGUGCAAGAAAAUGUCAAAUAUUUGCUUCUUCCCCAGAUUUUGUUCAUUUUUGUGUAUCUUUGUUUUUAUAAUGUAUGGAUGUUUGAAAUCUGCACUUGGGUUUUUUAGUUGAGAAAAAAAUAUAUAAAAAUGCACCAUUUUGACAUUCAUCCGCAGGCAUAAAAGUAGUUCUGAUCAUAGGAAUUGCUAAACAUUUAGAAGGUGAUUGAUGUGUUGUAUAUUCCUGUCAUCUCUAUGUCCUAAAACUAAAUGUAUUUCUUCUGUUAUUGUAGCUCUGGAUAUAUAUUUUGUUGGAGUAUGAUCUUAUAAAUGAUUAUGGUUGUCCGAUGAAUUGCUGCUGGUUUUAGAGUUGUUAUUCAUUCUGUUGAGGACAGGUUAUUUACCUGUAUAAAUAGAUUGUGUUAGAUUGUCAUUGUAUUUCUCACAUGGGCUAUUCCAGAAAGAUGGCACAAAGGUAUCAAGCGAAUUAAUUGCUACUAGUUGUAACAUUUUCUUUUCUGAACCGACUGUACUCAUUACUUAUGUUGAAAAAAAAAGAUUUAUUUAAUGUUGUCAAAUACAAAUGAAAGUAAAAUGUUUUGUUUCAUUGCCGUUAUUUAAGGGAAACAAAAUGAUCAAUACUGACGACACAUGGUGCUACAGUUGUCUAAGUAAACUUUGGUUUUUAUUAUCUUAUUGAAAAAAGAUUAUGUUGAGCCUUACUGUAGAUCGAUAUGUGAGACUGUUCAUCUCUGAAGACUGGAAAAAUAAGUAUAGUGUAUUUAAAAGUAAGUACCUAUAUACAAAAUUGUAUGCUUUACGUUUAUGCACAAUUUGCCCAGCGACAGAUCAAAAGUGGUUAUUUGCUGAUGUAUAUGUUCAGAUGUGUAUGUGAAUGUAUACUGAUAUGAUAGAUAGAUUUCCCAGAGUCACAAAUUGUUG